AUGGCGACCGUCGGCACCUCUCCAGUAGCUCAGGGAAUCGUCUCUGCUCUCUCCAAACACUUCUCCGGGCUAUCUAUUGAUCAGGUUAAUUGUGCCCACUGGAUGAGCUGUUCUUUUCUUUUGCCGCGCAGAUGAGGUUUGGAUGUUGGGGUUAUGUCUUGGGAAGUUUGAGGAGGCGCAAGGCCAUCCUCAAGUGGUUUUUCUCUUUUGUAGUAAUCUAGUAUGUAAUUAUAUUUAACUGCGCCGGUUUCAAUGGUGCCAAUGAUUAGGAACGAUCAAUGCUUACCUUGAUUAAUUGCAAAUUUUUGUAUAUGAUGCCAGAAAAUGCCACUCAAGACUGUACAUUCGUGGGCGUUUAGGGGACACUUAUGUGAUUUUUCCAGAUUUAAUCACUCUGAUGCCAUGCAUUUUUUACCGCUGUAGUUCACUAAGAGGCAACUUUAAUCCGUCUGCCGUUGCCUUCGUUUUUUAUUUUUCCCUGUCGAUUUAUUAAAUCGCUUCACCCAUUGAGUGGAAGAGGAAAUCUUCUGUAGUUGUCAUUGAUGUUAUUAGAUCGCUUUACCCAGGAACACGAAGGAGAAAUGAUCUCGUCAUCUACCCUUUAUAGAAGGAACAGAGUCUCAUUGACUACUGAAAUAGUGAAAAUUUUAUAGUAGUUCUGGCAUCAAUCAAAUAAAAUGAAGAAAAUGAAUAAAAGAUGCUGUUAUUUCAAUUUCACUAAUUCUCUUGGAAUAGCAUCGUAGAAUGUCUAUGGAAAGAUUUACUAAAAAAUAUAAUGUAGUCUUACUUGCGUUCAUUUAAUUUGAAAGUGAUGUCCCUAGCGUAUAAAUUUCAAAUUUCUUGGAGCGUUACGUUCCAUAUUCUCCGUCCAGUAAUGUGUCUUUUUAGCAUUCCCAAGCCAUGCGUAACUUUUGUGUCCUUAGUUAUCGUCUUUGACUCACAGUGCCAUAAUUUUUGGACGAUCUUGCUGAUGUGUGCGUUUGUGUAUUUCACAGAGCUUUUCAAACACUGACGGACGAGAUAUAGUAAGUUUGCUGAAAAACUUUCCGGAGUUGCUAGGACAAGGGGGUGCCUUGAAUGUGAAGGAUGAGGUAAUCUUUUAGUUAUUAUCGCUUUUUGAAUUCUUCAUCUGAAGUUUCAUACGGUUGUCCUUUGGAACUUUGAAUGAUAGAAACUUGCAACUUUUAUAUGCAGGUGUUAAAAUGGGUAAAAUUUUCUCAAGACUUUUUGGCUGAUGAUGAACCUCAUGAUGCAUCUCUUAAGAGUUUAAAUGAAUAUCUGGGUGAAAGAGCUGUUCUCUUAGGAGGACUGAAAACAUCAGAAGCCGACAUUGUUGUGUUUUCUGCUGUUCAUUCUUUUGUGGUAUGUUCCUUCAUCAUGGCUCUUUUUUUUAUUGGGAAGAUCGGAGGGAACCCCUGCAUAAAAUGAUAUUUUUUUCCCCCUUGUACCCGGGGUCCUGUCAUGCCAUGUAUCGCUUAUAGUCACUUUUUAUUUUCUUCAACUCACCUUGGAUGUUUCUUCCAGUGUGAUACUUCAUAAACUUAGCUAGGCACGGGACGUUUUUCUAUUUAUAUAGAUGCAAUCUGGGUCUUGAUAUUUAUGUACUGGUCACAUUUAUUUUUCAAUAAAAUCUCAUUUAUUCAUAAAAUUAUAAACCUAUUAAAGCAGGAAAUUAUACGGGUUCAAAAUAUUUGUCUGUUCCUAUUUUUCCCUUCUUCCCAAUUCAAUUUUUUAGCUCCGUCGUAUUAUUGGGAGAGUGGCUGGGAUUCCAUGACUUCAUUUAUAUGCUUGCACAAGGCAUUGAAACAUGGAUUACAGGGUUAAUCACCUAGGCUUCUUUAGGAGUAGGCGUACUGAGAAGGAAACUUCAGUCUGCUGUAAAUUUGAAGAUGGAAUUUAAUAUAUCACUAGAGGGAUCAUGAGCCAAACAAUUUUGCUUCCACCUUUGCAACUGUGAUGCCAAUAGCUACCCUAGUUAUCAUUUGAGCAAUCUGCUAGAUAGUGUGUUGUAGAUAACGAUCGCGAAUUUAAAAAUUCCCUUAAUUAUCAUAAUCAAUAUUUUAAAGAUGAUAAUUCUAGCAACCUGUGAGAAAACAUAUAUUGAUAAUUUUAAUGAAUUUACAAUCUCUCAGUAAUCUAAUGCCGAGUAAUAUAGUGCCAUUGUAUCCACUAAAAAAGUUAUGGAUCAGAGAAUACGAAGAACAUAAUCAUGAACGAAAGGUAGUAUUUUUCAAUGAACCCAAUCAAUUCUAUAAAUAAAUUUUAGGGCAACUAGUUACUUAACGAUUGGCACGUGCAUACCAUGAUGUUUUGUUGAGUGAUUAUGGGAGUACCAGACUAGAUCUCAAUUCUUUUGUUUUUUGUGCACCAUUAUUUUAGUCGAUAAAGCCAAAGUUAUUUUCAAUAAUAAUAUGGCUGAUCUGCAUCCAGAAGAUAUCAUGUUACUAGGCUACUAAAAGAUUUGAGAAAGAGACUGAAUGCUAGUACUUCAGUUCUCGUGUAACUUUUUCCCAAUACUGUCUAGAUGCAGAAGUUAUUUAUGACGAGAUUGUAAGAUAUUAUCAUCUGGAAAUUGCAUGAUUUUUGUUAACUGAGAGAGAGUCUAGGUGCCCAUUAUUUACAUUUUGGGUAAAAAAUUCUCCGAUAAUGCCCAGAAGGCUGUAGCUAUUUUCAAUGAAAACUUGUUCAUCGUCCAAUGAAGUUCUUGCUAUUUAUGUCUUAGAAAUGGUCUUUGGCUAGGUUGAUUUUUCAUGUCAUUAAUUAUUUAAAUUACGAUGUCAUACCAGAGCCAUCUUUCUGAUUCGGCUAUCCAGAAAGUGCCGCACGUUAUCAGAUGGAUGGACUAUGUUCAGGUAGGUCAGUUUCUUCUUAAUCUUCCAGUUUUUUCUCAUGUAUUUCUAGUUCUAUCAUUUGCUUCAUUUUCUUGUCAAAAACUGUACAUAUAAUAUUACUCUUUUUCGACGCAUUUUUUGUGUAUACUUUGGUAUGUUUCGUGCCAGUUUUAUGGAUUCCGAGAAGGAAAUCUUUGAUGCAAAAUAAAUAAUAUACCUUUUUUUAUCUAUCUGAUAGCGGAAUUUUUUGUUGGUAAUAGGACUCUUAUCUACUGUCUGCUCAUGUAAUAUGGUCAGAGUGGAUUCUUACAUUGUUAUUAGAUGCCACGUUUGAAUUUCUCACCAGAAUAAAUGUGAGGUAGGCUAGAGCGGCAGUCUUGACGGGCAGGAUCUUUACCAUGUUUCUUACAUGAGUUCACUUAUCUGUGAAUGCUACAAUUGGGGAGCAGUAUCGAUGGUCUUUAUAAGCAGUUUGCAUAACCCUUUGAUACUCUAUUUUCACUGCCAUACGAGAAUUUUUUUUUGGUAAAUAUAAUUUUGUGCUUUGCACGAAUGCGAUAAACUACUAAAAUUUAUCUGGUCCUGGUGAGACAUAAUUUCUCAUAAACUUUUGUAUCAAAUGAGUCUCGUGCCAUAUUUGAUGCACUUUGUGAAAGGAGCUGACGUGACUGACAAUUACUAUUAAACAGUAAAAUGUCUUUGGGCGGACUGUGCUACUCUCUCGCCCCCCUUUAAAUUCUUUAGCAAUUAAGUAAUGGGUACAAUACCUUCACAGAUGUUUUUGCUGGAAAAUUUGUUGCGCUAGAAUUGUGUUCAAUCUCUCACCCUCAUCAUGCCUGUACGCAUAUAAAUAAGUUCUGUCUUAUGCUUAUUUCCUUGUUAGAAACUUUGCAUAUAUGACUUCGUGGUCACCUAAAAUUCAAAGUUUAGCACCGUAAUAACUGACCCCCUUUCAUUUUGAAUGGUGUACAAUCCAAACUGUCAUCAUAAAUAUCGCUGCUGCUGCAUCUGCAUCUCCAACUAUUGCUGAAUGAUUUUAAUUGAAUAUGUCCUUGAGAUUCGUAUUCUUAAUUUUGUAGAACAAGGAGGAAUUUGGUGGAGCCUUCAAGAAGAUAGCGGUUCAGAAACAUGCAUUUGAGCCCCAUGUAAGUAAUAUUUGUGAAGGUGUCUUCUUUUGUCCCUAUUGGCUGCUCGUGUGGGAAUAUUUCAUUCUCAUCAAGCACGUUUCUCUGGAACAGUUUUUCUUACCUGAACUAGAAAAACAGCUACCCAACUAUUUAUGCAUAUGUUUUGAAAGUGGAUGGUGCCACAUAAUCAUACAAUAAAAAGAGGUGUUAGGGACAAGUGUGUGGACCUAUGGUGGAAGUCGUCCAGAGCAGGAGAAUUCCAUUGAUGUAAAGGGGUUUUUGGACGGUUAGGUACUUAUUGAUAAUUCUGAAAGUAAUUUGACCGCGAGUCAAGUUUUUCAUAUGAAUUAUGCAAUUGCUUCGAUUUUUUUCAUUGUUGUUCUUGGGCAAGUCUCAUAUCUUAUCUCAAGAGUUAUUGAAAAUAAUCGUUUAGGGUUGGGUGUGGCAAAUACAGCACGUGGUUGGCUGAAAUGUCCUUUCAAUAUUGGUUUCUUAGAUGCCAAACUGGGUUGGACAAGUUUCGAAAUAUUUCAAAUCUGUGCAUUGCCCACUUAUUCCCCCAGAACAUUUAUCAACUAUUGACUUGGAUGGAGCAAUAAGGUCCGUGACUCAACUUUGUUUUUGCUCAUAAUGAGACAUCUGUCUUAGGCAACAUAUGAGACAUGCACUUUUAGAGUUACUGCUGUGAAAGAUGGGAGAUUUAUUUUCUGCACAGCCCGUAAGUUACUUUUUUUGGUUCGUGUGGUGUACCCUGUACCUUCAUGUUGCAUGGGGCUGUACUUUGAGUUCCAUGGCGUUGACUUGAGUUAUCAGUGUUCUUCGAUGCUUUAGUGGCUGAAAUCCUGACUCAAACAGUGUGAUGACAUGCUUACUUCUGCUUACUUUUUGCAAUGCAAGAAAAAGGCUCCAGCAGAUGGCAAGGCAACCGAGGCAAAGAAAAAGAUGAAGGAAAAAGAACCUGUUGAAAAGGACGUUGAAGUCAAAGUCUCUGUCCUGAACAUUCAGGUGGGUCUGAUCCGUACAGCCCGGAAGCACCCGUCUGCAGACAGGUACAUCCACCUAAUGCUGAUUUUAACUUGUAUCUUUCUUCUUUUUAUUUUUAUUUUUAAUAAGUGGUUAACUCUCAUCUUCUCUGCAGUUUACUAAUGGAAGAGAUAGACUUGGGAGAUGGUAAUGUACGCCAAGUAGUCAGCGGGCUUGCAAAGUACUAUAGCCCAGAGGAUCUAGUGGUAAGGACAUCACUGAACAGUAUUAAUGGCGUUUCCAUUACCCUAUUUCAGUACUCUUCCCUUGUUAGUCCUUGAAAUGGAAAAAACAUUGGACGUUAUAUGGGAUCAAUGAACACUGAGCUGGAUUUUCUUGCUGGAUUAUGUUAUGGACAUUGCGGAUUGUCCUUGCAGAAUCGUCGUGUGGUGUUAAUUACGAAUGUAAAGCCUGGAAAGUUGAGAGAUAUGACAUCAUCUGGCCUGGUAUGCUCACAUGCUAUAUUUUCAUAGUUUUUGCUUAUUCAUUUGAAUGGAAAGCUGGUGUAGUUAGUUUUCACUUGCUAAAUAUGUCCAGGUCUUAUGUGCAUCCAAUGAAGAUCAUACGGUUGUGGAGCCUCUACUUCCCCCAGAAGGGGCUGUUCUUGGGGAGCGCAUCUCCUUCUCCGGGUAAAACCCAACAGACCCAAGAUAUCAAUUACAGACUUCAUAAUAUCAGACCCUCUUUCUGCCAUCUCUGUAGCUCAUCCAAGAGCUCUCGGCAUGGCCAAUUUCCUUUCUGUAAUUGGCAUCUGAUGUCGCCAUUCUGAUAUUCUCUGGUUUCUGCAGUUACGAUGGAAAACCAGAAGAUGUUCUAAACCCUAAGAAGAAACAGCUGGAGAAAAUCACUCCGGUGAGCCAUCUUUCUUUCUGCAAGCACUAAAAGGGGGUUUUCUGAUCCUGGGCAAUCAAAUCAAGCCUGGCCCAGUGUGGAUUUGGGGCGGAUCUGACCUCCUUUUUAAGUGGGUCGCACCAGAAAAUGAAAUCCCAUCACCCCCACCAAAUGGGUUCUUCAAACUUUGCCUCCUUUUUCGCUCAUGCAGCAUCUCUUCACCGACGGCAAUGGCGUCGCCACCUUCAAGGGAGUUCCUUUCAUGACCUCGGCCGGGCCCUGCACCUCCACCGUCUCCAAUGCCGCCAUCAAGUAA